UUUUUUUUUUUAGGGGUAAGAAGUCUGUGGGCUUCUUUUUCUUGUAAGAACUUACUGAACAUUCAAAAGACACGCCAUUUUCAUAUAAUUCUUCUUCUUCUUCUUCUUCUUCUUCCAAAGAUAAUGAUGAGGGCUAUCUCCCUCUCACGUGGUCCUCUCCGGCAUCUCUUUCAAACCCUAACUUCUCUUUGUUCCAACCCAAAUCAUUUCCCAUCACCAUCAUCAUUAUCAACUUCUUCUUCUACUAGUGCUUGGAUUUGGGUUCGCUCUGCUCCAUACUCGCAGUCAUCGAAGCAAGAUAGCGAAGAACGAUACGAGGCAGUUUCGAUUUUCAACAGGGACCCCACAAGCCCGCCGAGACUCUUCGUUGUUCAGCCUCGGCUUCGGCCCGAUACCUUCUUGCAGGCCAAGCUUAACGAAGCUCUUUGCCUCGCGAAUUCACUCGAAGAACAGCGAGAUGGGUAUUUUGAUAUCGAUUUUUUCGACAAGGAGAUACCCCCUCACAUUGUCGUUCAAAACCCAGCUAUCAGAGGCCACAAGACUCGUGCAGACACAUAUUUUGGCCCGGGGACAGUGGAAAAUGUUAAAUGCCAGUUAAAUGCUCUGGAGUCAAAGGGUGAAGUGGAUGCUGUUUUUGUGAAUGCGAUUCUAUCUGGAAUUCAACAAAGAAAUUUGGAGAGGGCUUGGGGCAAACCUGUUUUGGACCGUGUGGGCCUUAUAAUUGAGAUAUUCAAUGCUCAUGCCUGCACAAAAGAGGCUAAGUUACAGGCUGAAUUGGCAGCUUUAAUGUAUAAGAAGAGCAGACUUGUGCGUAUGCGUGGCCCUGAUGGACGCUAUGCUUUUGGAGUAGCUGGAGAAGCUGAAGUUGUCAGUGCUCGAGGGAGAGGAAGCGGGGGACGUGGCUUUAUAAGUGGUGCUGGAGAAACUGAGCUUCAACUUCAACGACGGAGGAUUUUGGAACGGCGGAAUUAUCUACUAGUACAAAUUGAAGAGGUUCGUCGUACUCGAGCUUUGCAACGGGCUGCUCGCAAGAGGCAUGGAGGUUCACAUGGUCAAGGAUUAGCCACUGUUGCUGUUGUUGGAUAUACAAAUGCUGGAAAGUCAACAUUGGUUAGUGCACUCUCAGACAGUGAUCUUUAUAGUGAUUCUCGAUUGUUUGCAACAGUUGAUCCUAGAUUAAGAAGUGUUGUUCUUCCAUCAGGAAGGAAGGUUCUUCUAAGUGAUACAGUAGGAUUUAUAUCAGAUUUGCCGGUGCAGUUAGUGGAAGCAUUUCAUGCAACAUUAGAAGAAGUGGUAGAAGCUGAUUUGCUUGUGCAUGUGUUGGACUGCACUGCCCCCAAUCUUGAUGAACACCGAUCAACUGUAUUGCAUGUUCUCCAGCAAAUUGGGGUAUCAGAAAAGAAACUUCAGAAUAUGAUUGAAGUUUGGAAUAAGAUUGAUUAUGAAGCAGAGGAGGACAUGGGAGUAGAUGGAUAUCUUGAUAAUGGUUCAGAUGGUGAGACUAGCAAUUUCUCUGGAGAAGAAGAUGAUAUGACAACCAAGCUAUCACCAAGAACAGAAAAGAAUGAGGCCAACAGUUUCUCUGGCGCAGAUGACAAUGGAGCCUGUGUUAAUGAUUGUGCUGAUGAAUGUGUCUCUGAACUGUCACUUGGGAAUCUCGAAGCUAUGGAAGACCAACAAGGAGACGUUUCUGAUGGCUGGUUGGCAUCAGAAGAUGAGCUAGACCCCUGGGGUGAUGAAAUUGGUUCUUCGAUGGCAAGGAGGAACAUGGAUGAGCAACAAAAUGAGUGUUCUCAGGACAAGGACUGGAGAAUGGAAAAUGUCUUGCAGUCCGAGCAGGGGUCUGGUCCGCAUGUCAAAACAUCCGCUAUAAUGGGAGUUGGCCUGCAAGAGUUGCUAGAACUCAUCGAUGAGAGGUUGAGGGACCAAGAUGAGAAGCUGAAGUCUGCUAAUGUAGUAGAAAGGAACAUUUUUGAUCGGAAAUGGAGGCCACCUCGUGGAGAGGAAGCUCAAAUAGCCAGCUGAGCAAUACUAGUAACAUCAAAAUUGAUAAUUGUUAUUUAUAUCUUCACUGAUGUCAUGAGUUUUGCUGAAAGGGCUUCUUAUAUAUGAAAAGCCAUGCGGAGGAUUUUCUCUUCCUGAAUAAUUUUGCCUAACAUGUAACGAUCCACUUAACUUAUUAUUAGUCGGACAAAAGAAUUAUUUUAUAGAGUCAAUGUUUUUAAAAUUUAAAAUAGUCACUAUUCAGGUAUUUGUUACAUACACGUAGUUGGUACUUAAAAAAAAGUAUUUGAUCAAAUAGUUGGAAUUGAAAGUAUUGAUAAAAGGAGUUGGUAC